GCAGUCGAUGGAGAUGGCGGCCGCGGCGGAGUGAGGGACCGCGGAGGCCCAGAGCCCGGGCCGGAGGACCCCACGGGCCUGCGUGGCGGUGGGAGCGCGGCCGGGGCUUCUCCUACUUCCAAAGAGGAAACCUCAACCAGGGCCAUGAUACCACUUCCCCAUCAUCUGUGUGCUGCUUGGUUAAGCUAAUGCUGUGAGAUCCCUGGUCCCUUGUGGAGGAAUCAAGCUGACUCUUGGCAUGAGGCCCUUGCCUGACAGGGGUUGAGAGGGACAUUGCUAUGGCUUCUCUGGAUGACCCUGGGGAAGUGAGGGAGGGCUUCCUUUGCCCUUUGUGCCUGAAGAACCUGCAAUCUUUCUAUCAGCUUCAGUCACAUUAUGAGGAAGAGCACUCUGGGGAAGACCGUGAUGUCAAAGGGCAAAUUAAAAGUCUUGUGCAGAAGGCUAAGAAAGCCAAGAACAGGCUGUUGAAACGAGAAGGAGAUGACCGAGUAGAAUCAGGGACACAAGGAUACGAGUCUUUCAGUUAUGGAGGGGUUGACCCAUACAUGUGGGAACCCCAGGAACUAGGUGCUGUAAGAAGCCAUCUUUCUGACUUCAAAAAACACCGAGCUGCUAGAAUUGACCACUAUGUUGUUGAAGUCAAUAAAUUAAUAAUCAGGUUAGAGAAGCUCACUGCAUUUGACAGGACGAAUACUGAGUCUGCUAAGAUACGAGCAAUAGAAAAGUCCGUGGUGCCUUGGGUCAAUGACCAGGAUGUCCCUUUCUGUCCAGACUGCGGGAAUAAGUUCAGCAUCCGUAACCGCCGCCACCACUGCCGGCUCUGCGGGUCAAUUAUGUGCAAGAAGUGUAUGGAGCUCAUCAGCCUCCCUUUUGCAAACAAGCUCACCAGUGCCAGCAAAGAUUCCCUGAGCACCCACACCAGCCCCAGCCAGUCACCCAACAGUGUCCAUGGCUCCCGCCGGGGUAGUAUCAGCAGUGUGAGCAGUGUAAGCUCCGUCCUGGAUGAGAAGGAUGAUGACCGGAUCCGCUGCUGUACACACUGCAAGGACACACUGCUCAAGAGAGAGCAGCAGAUUGAUGAGAAGGAGCACACCCCCGACAUUGUAAAGCUCUAUGAGAAAUUACGACUCUGCAUGGAGAAAGUUGACCAAAAAGCUCCUGAAUACAUCAAGAUGGCAGCAUCACUAAAUGCUGGGGAAACAACUUACAGUCUGGAACAUGCCGGUGACCUUCGAGUGGAAGUGCAGAAAGUGUACGAGCUCAUAGAUGCUUUAAGUAAGAAGAUCUUAACCUUAGGCUUGAACCAGGACCCUCCACCACAUCCAAAUACCUUGCGGCUACAGAAGAUGAUCAGAUACUCAGCUACGCUUUUUGUGCAGGAAAAGUUGCUGGGUUUAAUGUCAUUGCCAACCAGAGAACAGUUUGAGGAACUGAAAAAGAAAAGGAAGCAGGAAAUGGAGAGGAAGAGGAUCCUGGAGAGACAGGCUGUCCUGGAAUCCCAGCGACGGCUUGAGGAAAGGCGGAGUGACCUCGCAUCUCAUACGGCCAACGGGGAGGUAGUGUCCCUUCGAGGGGGACCUGCUCUGAGAAAAGCUGAGGGCUGGCUCCCGUUGUCAGGAAGUCAGGGGCAGAGUGAAGACUCAGACCCCCUCCUCCAGCAGAUCCACAACAUCACAUCAUUUAUUAGGCAGGCCAAGGCUGCUGGGCGGACCGAUGAAGUGCGCACGCUGCAGGAGAACCUACGGCAGCUACAGGAUGAGUAUGACCAGCAGCAGACAGAGAAGGCUAUUGAGCUGUCCCGGAGGCAGGCCGAGGAGGAGGACCUGCAGCGGGAACAGCUGCAGAUGCUUUGUGAGCGGGAGUGGGAACGAGAAAGAGAGCAGUUCCGGGCCGCAUCCCUACAUACACGGACUCGGUCUCUGGACUUCCGAGAAAUCAGGCCUUUUCAACUGGAGCCUGGCAGGGAGCCCCGCACCCACCUUACCUGUGCUUUGGAUCUAGGCUUUUCCUCAGUUCAGAGCAGUACAGCUGUGGAGACCCCUUCGCCCUUGUCAGCUCUUGAGCCAGUCAGAGUGUGGUCUGGGCCCCCAGCCUUUGGCCAGGAGUCCUUCCCCCAGAGCACCGUGUUACAGCAAAAUGAGCUGGCCUCCCUAAACCCCUUUGAUGAGGAAGAUGCCUCCAGCCCCACAGCGGAGGGCACCAGCAGCCCUCCUGCUGCAGAGCCUUCCUUUGGCCCCUCCGCCCGCAGCCUCAAAGAAUACAAUCCUUUUGAGGAAGAAGAGGAGGCUGUAGCAGGGAAUCCCUUCACUAACCCAGACAGUCCAGCACCCAACCCCUUCGAUGAGGAAGAUGAGCAUCCCCACCAGAGGCCCUCAAGCCCUCCUGUUCCUGGCAACCCUUUUGAAGAAGCCACCUGUACCAACCCCUUUGAGAUGGACAGUGACAGCGGGCCAGAGGGUGAGGAGCCCAUAGAGGAGGAGCUGCUCCUCCAGCAAAUUGAUAACAUCAAGGCGUACAUUUUUGAUGCCAAGCAGUGUGGCCGCCUGGAUGAGGUAGAAGUGCUGACAGAGAACCUGAGGGAGCUGAAGCGUACCCUGGCCAAACAGAAGGGGGGCACCGACUGACGCCACUGACUGGGCAGGGCAUCUUUGAGCCCAGGGCCUGGCAGGAGCCUGUGGAGCAGGAAGGGGCUGGUGAGCUGGAUGGGGAAGGAGGGAGGGUGACAAGAUGUGCACAGGUUAGGGCAGGGAAUCGGCUGUUUUGUGCUGUGCACUUGGAGGCUUUUCCAUUAUAGUUGCAUAAUAAAGGGGAACCAGAACAGGGAGAAUCAGCAUUCAUUUGCUGUACUUCCUGGGGGUUUUGGUUUUGUCUUUUUGUUUUUGAAUUGGGUUUUCCCUGUAGAAGGGAUUUUAAAUUUUCAUUCCUGAGUAUAACUAAAUGCAGUUCUGUGGGGCAGCCUUCGUGGGUCCAUUUGCUCCUGCCUAGUCUUUGGUCUUUAUGCAGUAUUAUAGGGCACUUUUCUUUAGUCAAGACAGACAAGAUGGAUUCCCCUGAACCUAACUCUGGUCUGACACAAGUCUGUCCCCAUUAGGCUGUGGGUUCUUUCACCUGGGGCUUCCUCUGCCCUGCUGGGUACAUCACACCUGUGCAGCAGGGGGGGGGGGGGUAUUGCCCUGAAGGCAAUAGUUUAGACCCAGGAGAGCCUAGCAGCUCUUUUUAAGCAGGGGAGGAGGGGGGUGAUGUUUUACCAGGGCAUUUCCAUAUCGGUUUAAGUCCUUUUUUGUCUCUUUCAGGAAGUUAAACUUCCAGUGCAGGGGUGUCACUGGGUCUGACCACAGGCUGUUUAGAAAAUAGGAGUGGUGACCUUUUUGGUUGAUGGAGGCAGUAGUAUUUGGGAGAAGAAUCUCUACCCAAAUGUUCCUCUGAAUGAUGCAACAAUUUGUCCCCAGAGAAACUUCCCUCUAGAAUUUUGGUGAAAAUACCCUGAUCUGGGCUUUUUCAGAGGGCCCAGUCUAUAAUUUAGGAUUGGUAGUCAGGAAGCUUUUGUGGAACACUGCCAUGGGAGUGGAAGCUUCCUUGAGUCAGAAGAUAAAAUAAUUUUUAGGGCUAGUUGAUCAGCCUCUUCCUUUCGAUUCAUCCUGUUCUGACCUGGGGCACCUGUGAGGUGUUUUCCUACCUAUGUUUAGUAUUAAGGAAUGGGAGUGUUUGAAGAGGCACAACCCAGGAUCAUUCCAGUAGCACCACAGUACUUGAACUCUUUGUCAAUUAUGGGCAAAAAGGGAAAUUGUUAAUUUAGCUCCGGUGCUUUGGUUUACAGGAACAUAAUCCUUAACUCAUGUUGGACAUCAUGAUACCCGUGUGUGCUCAGCUCUAGGUAGAGUUCCUGCAAUUAUUCUUUUUGAUUAAAGAACAAUAACUGACCACUAGUCACUUUAUACCCUUAACUAACUCUGGGUCAUACUUUUCACUGGUUACUGGUGUGAGAGCUGAGAUUCGUUUUGUUACCUUCUGGGAAGACCCCUGUUGGUCUUGAGAAUGUUGGAAAAACUGGUGUAAAGGUAGUCUAUAUUUGACACUAUUCACAUUUCUUUAGUAUCUGUUGGAUCUUUGGGCUGAAUGAAAAGAUCCUGCAUAAGGUUGUGGGAAUGGGAAGUGUGUAGAGGGUGUGUGGAGGACCCUUUGCAUCAUGGUUGUGUUCACCAAGGCAUAUGAGUGGUUUACUAGUGUCAACCAAGUUACCAGCCUUGCUGGUGGGUGUGGUGGUUGGAAAGUUGGCAACCAGGUAUCUAAAGUGUUGCCUGCUACAGGUGUCUUUCUUCCUUCUCGUGCCCUUCCUGCGGUUGUUACGGAGGGCUUCAUGGCUGCCUGGCAUGCUUCCUACUGCUAGUCUCUCAUUGCUCGCUGAUUGAAGAGGAAGACACUGUACCAAAAGGCAGGUAGUUCCAGAAGCUAAAUGCUGCUUUCCAUCAUAAUUACUUUUCUUACAAGAAUGUAUCUCUUCAUUAGCUAGGGAUUUCAAUUCAGAUUAGUUUACUGAAUAUACUCUUUUCCUGAAAUCAACCCAGGUAGCAAUCUGUAAGUAACUAAGAGCAUUAAGAACCAUACAUAUAAGAAACAUUAUUUUUAAACUUAAAAACACUGAGUAUACUAAACCAAACUAAAACCUUCUGAUGUAAGUGAAUAAGUGAAUUCUUCCAUAGAUGUAUUCCUCCAUGAAUUUUUCCAUGGCUGUAUUCUAUAGUCAUAGGUGUGACAGGAGAUAGAAUUCUCUAUCCCUAACGUUUCCCAGAAUUCACACAGGCACAAAGUUGGAUUUACAGAGAUGGGUUAUCAUCAGGGCAAAUAAAGAUGGCCUAUGAAUUGCAACCACAGCUUCAAGUGCUUACCUCAUGUGAAUAUUUCACUCUUCCUGCAGUCCUUCAAAGCAAACAGCUCCAACUCAGAGAAAAUGAGCAAGUUCUCGAUACAGCAUUGGGAGAUCUCCCUAGACCUAGAUCAUGUAUGGAAGAGACUUUGGGAAUUCAGGCAUUAAAUGACGUUGUGUUUUUUUGUUUGUUUGUUUUAUGCCUUGUUUGUAUUUUUCCAUGUCUAAUACACUAAGGACACUUACUCAUUGUUCUUGCAGCUCAAUGUCUGCUGUUUGGAUACUUCUGAGUAUACUUCUCAAAGUAUACUUACGAGUCAUCAUGACCCAGGUGGUAGGUUGGACAUAUAUUGGCAUAAUUAGGUGUUGGUACUCAAAGAGAGAAACUGGUCUUUUUACCAGGUUACAGCCUAUGGUAGCAGAUUGUACUGGUCAUCUGACAGUGACAGCUUGAGGGGCAUUGUUUGCAUGCACUACUCUGGGGCCUUGUAUUGGAACCUUUUUAAAAAAAUAAACUAACAGAUGUUA